GGAUUCCCAUGAUGCACCGCUUAGUCACGGACGGAAGUUCCGGCGGAGUUGACCAUCUUGUGCAUAGAGAAGAUCUUUGACAACACUGACAAGAUCUGCAGGCAGAUAAGCUGGCUGGCAGGGCCUUUAAAGAAACUCCGGGGAUGUUGGGCUGGGGAGAUUAAAAUUAAAGAAAUUUUCCAGUGGCACUUGCUACACCCACACAGUUUGUGUUUGCCAGAGCCUGGAAGAAAACCUCUGAAAAAAAACAUUGAUAAACAUUCCUCACACAAGAUUUGUAAAAAGAACUGUCUUCUGCAACAUCUCAGCAUUCACAGUGCGACAGGAUUGUUGGGCAAGGCGUUCCAGCGCAUAAACUGCUUCAGGGAGUCCAGAUCCAUCUUGCAACUAAAACUGGAAAGUGUGUGGGAACAGGUCCAAAUUGUGUUUUGGUGAGCCUUAUCCACCUUUGCAUGAAAAGACUGUCGUCAUUAUUAUGAAACAUGGACCAAAGUGCAGUUGACAGUCCAGUGACCUUAGUCAUCAAGGCUCCAAACCAAAAAUACGAUGAUCAGACUAUAAAGUGUUUUUUGAACUGGACAGUCGAAAAAUUGAAAACACACCUUUCAGAUGUGUAUCCAAGCAAGCCGGCGUCAAAGGAUCAAAGACUAGUCUAUUCUGGCAGACUUCUUCUGGACCAUCUUCAGUUGAGAGAUGUCUUCAGAAAGCAUGAUGAGUAUCACAUGGUUCACUUAGUGUGUGCAUCGCGGACCCCGCCUGGAUCACCAGAGCAUAGUGGCAGUAACAUGAAAACGACGGCACCAGCAUCUCUCGGCCCCACAAACUUGGAAUCUGAAGCUUCUACCCCCGCUUCAUCUCGAAGCCAAGAAACGUUGCCAGUCUCUGCAAGUACAAGUACAGAGGGACUGAGGCAUCGGAACAGUCAGCAGCAGCAAACCAGCCCUGAGCUGAGCUAUGCGUCUCCAGACUUUAUGCAAGGACAUCUGGGUAACCCAGUUCCCAUGCAGCAUGGCAUUCCUGCUGGGCUUCCCAUGUACCCUUUAUACAGUCCAAUACAGAUGUUGUGGUGGCAGCAAAUGUAUGCACGGCAUUACUACAUGCAGUUCCGAGCAGCAGCAGCAGCAUCGUCCCAGGGAUCAGAUUCUGUCCUCCCGUCUAUCCCUACUUCCUCCCAGUCCACCGAUCCUCCACCUCAGAACGAGCCCCCGGUCGUGCCCAAUGCAGCUGUGCCGGAGAACAGGCCUGUGAACCAGAACAUCCAGAUGAACGCUCAGGGCGGCCCAGUGAUCAACGAUGACGGUCUGAACCAGGACUGGUUAGACUGGAUGUACACCUUCUCCCGAGCCGCCAUUCUGCUGAGCGUCGUGUACUUCUACUCCUCAUUCAGCCGCUUUGUCAUGGUGAUGGGGGCCAUGCUGCUAGUUUACUUGCACCAGACUGGCUGGUUUCCAUUUCGACCAGAUGUGCAGAAUCAGCCAGGAGAAGUCAACCAGGAGGAACAGGAGGCCGAUUACAAUCAGGAUAUGCAGGAAAUGGAGCGGCUCAUGGACGAUGGACUAGAUGAAGACAGUGGGGACGACACAGUGGAAGGCCCCGAUAUGACUCCGCACCCUGGAUGUCUGGCCUCGGCAUGGUCCUUCAUCACUACAUUUUUCACCUCUCUCAUCCCUGAAGGGCCACCCCAUCCUGCCAAUUAGAUGCAGCAAGGCCUGAAAGCCGCUUCACAGUUUACAAGUUGCAUUAUGCUGCACUCAUGCUUCUGACAAACUGACAUUAAGCGUGUUCAUGGAUUCAGAAAAGCAAGGCACUUCUGCGUAGGUUUUUAUCUCCCUGUCUGUAAAACUUCUCUUUCGAUCAUGACAUAUAAAAUGUUUGUAUGAGGGAAAAAAAAAGUUUGCUAUCUUCUAUUUUUGACUUUUGAAAUGGCAGUUGUUACCUGUGUUUUUGCUUUCAGUAUUAAAGGGAGAAAAAAGGUGACGGCUGUAUAUGUGAACAGCUGUAUAUAUCACACUACAUCUCUCUAAAAUUCGAUUAUGUUCCAAGUAACCUGUUUGUAUGUACAUCCAACAAUAAUAAAAAUAUAAUAAAAAAUACUUUGCAAUAGAUUGAUGAAGCAUGCAUGUUGUGAAUAUUUCGAGCUUCAGUUUAAUAACACUGGUUCAACACUGCCAAGUGAACUUUUGGGUCUUCAAAUGCUUUCCAGCUUAUAAAUCGUACAAAGUUAACUGACCUAGAAUAUUUGGGAAUUUUGUAUUUAUUUUUCAAAAUGACUAGCAGAAAGCACAGUGUGAUAAUCAACAUUUUAAAUGAUCUAUAAUCACAUUUUGUUGUAGUAUCCCAUAUACUGUAGUAUACAAGGCAAACGAUACAAUAAAACAAUGCUUUGGGACGCUAAGUCUGUCUUCACACUCAACUGAAGUGUUUAUUUAUUAACAUCUCCACUGCUUCCAAUCUAACUUAUAACACAGCAGUUAAUAUGUUGUGGAAGCAGUAAAAUGCAAGAGAAACUGUUGUCAGCAGAUGGCAGUAUCUCUGCUUUGAACACACUGGAAGAUAACAGCUAAUGCAGGGGAAGGCAUAUGGUAACUCUUGAGUGUACACGGUUGGAGCAAAGACUACACUGUGGAACGACCUGGGGUGCCUAAUAUAUUUCCUUAACCAUUGCUGUUAGGUAUCACCUGACAUUGGUACAGUUUAUAAAAAAUAAUUCUAUUAUAAUAAUAAUAGAUAAAGCUACUGAAUGGUAAUAAUGUAUUUUAUUCUUUCUGCAGGACUGGUAACGGGUGGUCAGAUAGGUGAGCCAUUUUAUGCAGCAAUGGUCCUGAAAGCUGUGCACAAGACAGCAGCAGCAUUAACCCUUUACUGCCCUGGAUAUGUACUCACGCCUGUUUUCUCAAUGUCAUAUAUAUAUAUAUUGUAACACAGCAGGGAGGGGGUUAAUCCUCCCUGCAUGAAGAAAAAAACAUGUGAGAAUGCACAUUUGUUUGAUUGUUUGUUAAUUGGUUUAUUGUUAAUGAUCCCCUGCACCUGGUAGUUAUUGUUAAAUUAGGACCAGGUGCAGGGUAUAUAAGGGGUGCAGUCAGUCUGCUCACGGCUGCUGUCUAGAAGGAGGCAGGAAGGUGUGCUCUGCUUCCAAGCAGUUGUCAAGGGUGGCAAUACUGUGUGUGUUGUGUUGUGGGGAAACGGCUUAGCCGUCCCACUUUAUAGUCAGGGUGUUCCUGAGUCUUAGUUAGUGCUCCGAAGGAGCUAGGUGUUUGUUUUUGUUUUUGUAUUUCGGUUUGUAUUAUUAAAAGUGCGCGGAAGCGCUGAACCCCCAA